CUCCGGCAGUAUUGUACUUUAGCUCGUUCAGUUCGGUUGGUGGUGUUAUCUAUUCGUUGCGCGCGGCAGCACAAACAGCAAAAGCAGCAGCCAUUUUCCAAAGUGCGUGUUUACAGGAGAAAAAGUGUGAUUUUGGUACAUUUUCGUUUUGCAUCGGCUAAUAUAGCAAAAUUUCUAGUUAGAUAAUAUGGCAGGAGGAAAAGCUGGUAAAGAUUCUGGAAAGGCGAAAGCCAAAGCUGUUUCCCGCUCGGCGCGCGCUGGAUUGCAGUUCCCCGUCGGCAGAAUUCAUCGGCAUCUGAAGAAUCGUACGACAAGCCACGGACGCGUCGGUGCCACGGCAGCCGUUUACUCUGCCGCUAUUCUGGAAUACCUGACGGCUGAGGUUCUGGAGUUGGCCGGUAACGCCUCCAAGGAUCUGAAAGUGAAACGUAUCACUCCCCGUCAUUUACAGCUAGCCAUCCGCGGAGACGAAGAGUUGGACAGUUUGAUUAAGGCGACAAUUGCCGGCGGUGGUGUCAUCCCGCACAUCCACAAAUCGCUGAUUGGCAAGAAGGGCGGACCCGAAUAACCUAACUAAAGCUAGAGUUUCUGAUUGACCAAACGACGGUGAAGCCGCAAUCGUGUAGCACCGUAGAUAAUACAAAAGAAGAAAACAACAAACAAACACACACCUACAUACAAAUGCUACCAUCUUUAUUCAACAAACAACAGACGCAAGGACAUGAUCGAACAGACAGGAGAGUACCAGCUCACAGUUGAUUAAUCAGAACCCAUUUAUUCGAUGAAAUAUUUGUCGUGACGAUUUUACCGACUAAGGUGGCGUAGAAAGAGAGAUAAGAGAAUCUUGAUUCUUAGUAGAAACAAUGUUGAAUUGAUAAUUGAACGGACAAGAUAUUCUUGUUCGUUACUGUGUUCUAGUAUCAGUUUUUAAACCAAUUACAAACGUUAGUGUAGCGUUUAUUUUUUCCCGUAUAGAAAAAAAAACUCAGCUGUACUUUAAGCUGAAUAUCGUAUUUCAUUAACAAUCGAAUGAGAAGGUUAAAUAAAAAAGAACAUGAUUUCACGAUGAUUUUUGGGUUUGCUUCGAAGCUGUACUUUUCCUGACGAACGAUGAAUAUAAAUAAUUCACUGCAGAUUCAAAAUACAAUUUAAUUUUAACGCAAAUUGAGAGAGAAAACUAAAACGAGAGAAAAAUCUAAAACCUAGAGUACAUAAGUUAAGUGCGUUUUCUUAUUAUAUUUUCGAUGAAAAAUAAUAAAAUUUUACUACUAUUAAGAAAGCAAAAA